AUGCCACCUAAACACGUCGCCAUCGUCACCUGCAGUACCCGUCGACCGCGUCUAAACCCCACGAUCACCCAGCACGUCUAUGACGUACUCUCUGCCGAUCCAACAAUCCCGACAAACCACAGCGCAACAGCCCCCGACACCGAUCCCCGACACAUAACACUAGAGAUCCUCGACCUAGCGGAACAGAACCUUCCACUCUAUGACGAAUCCGUCAUCCCCGCCAGUCUACCAGCCGCAGACCCAACGCCGCACUACAGCAAAGCACAUACGAGAGCAUGGUCCGCAGUCGUGCGGCAAUAUGAUGCUUUUAUUUUCGUCACACCACAGUACAACUGGAGUAUACCAGCGAGCCUGAAGAAUGCGCUAGACUACUUGUAUUUCGAGUGGAAGGGGAAGCCCGCUGGGAUUGUUUCGUAUGGGUCGAGGGGUGGCGGGAAAGCAGCGGAACAUUUGCGAGGGGUGUUGACUGGGCUGAGGAUGAAGGUUGUUGGCACGGCACCGGGGUUACCUGUGAAGUUUACGGGCUUGCCGGUUGGGGCAUUGUCGGAGGAAGAGGAGAAGGUUGAUUUGGAUGAGCGGGACGUUGCUGGGUGGACGGAGGCAGGGAUUGAUGGGAUGAUGCGGAAUCUGGGGAUGGAGUUGGUUUGUGAGUUGGAUAAAGAGUGA